UUUAGCAAUUUUACAUGGUAUUUUUUUUUUCACUCAAACCCCCCCAAAAAAAAGCGCGCAAAUCGUACGUUUUCAAAAGUUAGGGUUCAUUUUUGUGAACUUUAUUCCACAAUCUCGCUCUUCUACUUCUACAAUCCUCUACAUUAUUCUCGAUAUUUUCAGAGUUGUUUGUCAGGGAGAAGAGAGGAAAGAGGGGAAAAUGGACAUCAAGGAUGCAGGGUCUUCACUUGAUUCUUUAGUAUCCUCAUUCAACACUCGGAUAUCGGAGAUUCAACAGCUUGUCGUAGCUCGAAACAUGUACCCAGCGAGCAGUGUUUCAGAUUUGUCAGCUAUUGACUCUGCAUUGAAGGUCUUGGAGCUUCAGCUCCACAAAAUAAAAAUCCGGAUGCGUGAAGAAACUGAAGCCAUCCCCAAAGCCAAGAAGCUGAUAGAAGCAUCGUUGCGCCAGCAAAAGAAAUUGCAAAAUUUAUCUGCUGUUGUUCCGUCAUAUGUUCCUGAUAGAGUGACUAAAACAACUGAUGAUGCUACUAAAUGUUCACAUCUAGAGGCCAGUGUUGAGGAUCUUGGUUCCGUGUCUCUGAAAAUUGAGGAGCCCGUACCCAAGGAGAAAAAAGGCCGUGCCUCCCCACCACUUUUCUAUGUUAAUGCAGAUGAACUGAAUGCUGUACCACCGUAUAUGAAACAGCGAAUCACUUUGGAAAAGGUCAACGCAGCAAUAGAUGACAUGGCCACUUACGCUGAAGGAACUUCCCAGCUUCUCAGAGCCCCUCGUAAAAAGCUCACAGAAAAUCUUGUGGAGAGAGCAAUGGAAUUAAGAGAUAUUGGUGCAACAGAAGCAGUUAAAGGAAAGCAUUUCUUUCUUGAAACUGACAUCAAAGGGCCUUCACUGAAGCUUGACAAUACAGGGAAAGCAAUACUAACUGUCCUCCGACACCUUGGUCGUAUAAGUGAAACUCGAAUUGGUCAUCACCGUGUGAUCCUUCUUUUGAAACCUCACUAAAUUGCAACCGAUGCUCAGUUAGUAAUUUAAACAGCUUCAUGUGAGUAGUUCAUUUAGCAUAUGACUGGCAAAUUCAAGCUCUCCUCAAGUGCAGACACCUAUCAGAGGAACCUGUUUCUGUUUACAGUAUGAAAUUUUAUUAGAUUAAUUAACGAUGUUUGACUAUUCAACCAUCUAGAUAAUCAGUUUUAUUGAUGCAAACCUUGAUACAAAGUUCAUAAUAUAUAAAGGAUCAAAUGUUAGUAGCAGUGAUUAUUGUU